AUCAAGCCCUGGAACCAGGCGAGGCUUCCGAGCCUCGGUUCGGUUUCCCUUUUCACUUUAAAGUUCACCAAUUUUAAAACUCUCCUUGGAGCUUGGAUCCUAGCUAUCUAAAUCUGCAAUUAUCCGUUCCAGAUCCGUUCUUCGUUUCUUGAAUGAUUGGGGCUUGAAUCUCGUAGCGAAAUCUCGAGGUUCCAGUUGCAGAUCAAGAUGAUUACCAUUCCAUAUAUAACUGCCCUUACAACUUACUUCAGCUAUGGAUUGCUGUUUGCUUUUGGCCAAAUCAGAGAUCUAUUCAGAAAAGUUAUCGACUGGUUCAAUAAUCCUAGCAAACUCGAGCAGGGAUACGCUCCGAUCUGCUUAGGGCUCGAGGAUUUUUACGUCCGACGCUUGUAUCUCCGCAUUCAGGACUGCUUUGGACGACCAAUUGCAAGUGCUCCUGAUGCGUGGUUUGAUGUGGUUGAGCGUUACUCCACUGACAAUAACAAGACUCUAAAACGAACCACAAAAAUAAGUAGAUGCCUCAACCUGGGUUCUUACAAUUACCUAGGAUUUGCGGCAUCAGAUGAAUAUUGCACACCCCGUGUGAUUGACUCCUUGAAGAAAUUUUCAGCAAGUACCUGUAGUACUCGUGUAGAUGGUGGCACAACCAGAUUGCAUAAUGAACUGGAGGAAUGUGUGGCAAAGUUUGUUGGAAAGCCUGCUGCCAUAGUUUUUGGGAUGGGAUAUGUCACAAACUCGGCUAUUCUUCCAGUGCUGGCUGGGAAGGGGGUUUUGAUAAUUAGUGAUUCCUUGAACCACAACUCAAUUGUCAAUGGUGCUCGGGGGUCAGGAGCCACGAUUAGGGUCUUUCUUCAUAAUACACCGUCACAUUUGGAGGAUGUCUUAAGAGAACAAAUUGCUGAGGGACAACCACGGACACAUAGACCUUGGAAAAAGAUAAUUGUUGUUGUGGAGGGAAUCUACAGCAUGGAGGGGGAGCUUUGUAAACUUCCUGAAAUUAUAACAGUCUGCAAGAAAUACAAGGCCUUCACAUAUUUGGAUGAGGCCCAUAGCAUUGGAGCAGUUGGGAAAACAGGACGGGGUGUCUGUGAGCUCUUAGGAGUGGAUACUGCAGAUGUGGAUAUCAUGAUGGGAACUUUUACAAAAUCAUUUGGGUCAUGUGGUGGUUAUAUUGCUGGGUCUAAGGAACUUAUCCAAUAUCUGAAAUACACUUGCCCUGCUCAUCUUUAUGCAACAUCUGUCUCACCACCUGCUGCCCAGCAAAUUAUAUCUUCCAUAAGGGUUAUUCUUGGAGAGGAUGGAACUAGUAGAGGGGCUCAGAAACUUGCACGUAUACGUGAGAACAGCAAUUUUUUCCGGUCAGAACUUAAGAAGAUGGGUUUUGAGGUUCUUGGGGAUAAUGACUCUCCUGUUAUGCCAAUAAUGCUUUACAAUCCGGCCAAAAUUCCUGCAUUUUCUCGGGAGUGUCUUAAGCAGAAUGUGGCUGUCGUGACGGUUGCAUUCCCAGCAACCCCACUACUGUUGGCCAGGGCUCGUAUUUGCAUAUCUGCUUCUCAUACCAAGGAAGACCUGAUCAAAGCUUUACAGGUUAUCAGUCAAGUUGGUGAUAUGGUGGGCAUAAAAUACUUUCCCGCUGAGCCUAAAAAACAGCAGCAAGAAGGCAGGGUAAAGUUUGACUAAAUAUAUGAAGUUUGGAUGGGAGAAAUCUUCAUUUGCUGAAAGGUGAUUUUAGUUUCAACCAUGUCUACCAUUUGAAAUCAGGCUGGUUUGAUCCCCUUUCGAUGGUCUGAGGGAGGAUCCUUGUUCAUAUGCAUUUCAAAAGGCUAACAUAAUCAUUGUCUGGGGCACAUUUUAGUGCUAUGUACAUUUGUUACCGUAAUUUUUUUUUUAUGGUUGGGUUGUUUUGGGUUCGCUUCUGAAUUGAUCUUUACUGUGGAAGGUUCCAAGUCUUUUAGUUAUCAUCGUCAUCAUCAUUAUUAUUAUUAUUAUUAUUUGUAUCUCGCUCAUAUUUAUGUUUCUCAAUCUUAUUUACAUUUCU